GUGCGCCUGCGCACUGCCCACUGUCGCUGAGUGAGCCGCAGUCUCUAGAGCACCAAGGUGUUUCGGUCUCCCGCGGCCAGCCUCGCCCGCAAACCCGGUGUUGUUGGGCUGCAUCCCGAGCGGGGACAUUGGCGGAGCACGGGACGCGGCCACCAUGCCGAUCAAUAAAUCCGAGAAGCCAGAAAGCUGCGAUAAUGUGAAGGUGGUUGUUAGGUGCCGGCCCCUCAAUGAGAGAGAGAAAUCAAUGUGCUAUAGACAGGCCGUCAGCGUGGAUGAGAUGAGGGGAACUAUCACCGUCCAUAAGACCGAUUCUUCCAAUGAACCUCCAAAGACGUUUACUUUUGAUACUGUUUUUGGACCAGAAAGUAAACAACUUGAUGUAUAUAACUUAACUGCAAGACCUAUUAUUGAUUCUGUUCUGGAAGGCUACAAUGGGACCAUUUUUGCAUAUGGACAGACUGGCACAGGCAAGACUUUCACCAUGGAAGGUGUCCGCGCUGUGCCGGGGCUCAGAGGGGUCAUCCCCAACUCAUUUGCUCAUAUAUUUGGUCACAUUGCAAAAGCAGAGGGUGACACAAGGUUUUUGGUUCGAGUGUCAUACUUGGAGAUAUAUAAUGAAGAAGUUCGAGACCUUUUGGGCAAGGAUCAGACACAGCGGUUGGAGGUUAAAGAAAGGCCUGAUGUGGGAGUAUAUAUCAAAGAUUUAUCAGCUUAUGUGGUCAAUAAUGCUGACGAUAUGGAUAGAAUCAUGACGCUAGGCCACAAAAAUCGUUCUGUUGGUGCAACUAACAUGAAUGAGCAUAGCUCGAGAUCCCACGCCAUCUUUACAAUUACUAUAGAAUGUAGCGAGAAAGGUGUUGAUGGAAACAUGCAUGUCAGGAUGGGGAAGCUCCACCUUGUGGAUCUUGCUGGGUCAGAAAGACAAGCGAAAACUGGAGCCACAGGACAGCGCCUCAAGGAAGCUACAAAAAUCAACCUCUCCCUCUCCACCCUGGGCAAUGUCAUUUCUGCCUUGGUGGAUGGAAAAAGCACACAUGUGCCGUAUCGGAACUCUAAACUGACGCGUCUUCUGCAGGAUUCCUUAGGAGGGAACUCAAAAACCAUGAUGUGUGCAAAUAUUGGGCCAGCAGAUUAUAAUUACGAUGAAACCAUCAGUACCUUGCGGUAUGCCAACCGUGCCAAGAACAUUAAAAACAAAGCAAGAAUUAACGAAGACCCAAAGGAUGCUCUGCUUCGUCAGUUUCAGAAAGAAAUAGAAGAGCUGAAGAAAAAGCUUGAGGAAGGGGAAGAAGUCUCAGGUUCUGACAUCAGUGGUUCAGAGGAGGAUGACAACGAGGAGGGUGAGCUUGGAGAAGAUGGAGAAAAAAGGAAGAAGAGAAGGGGCAGUAGCAGCAGCAGUAGCUCAGACUCCACAUGUUCUGUCAUAGAGAAGCCUCUGGAUGAGUUCUUGCCUCAUCAAGCAGGUAAAAAGAAAGUUUCCCCAGAUAAGAUGGUGGAAAUGCAAGCGAAAAUUGAUGAGGAGAGAAAAGCAUUGGAAACAAAACUUGACAUGGAAGAAGAAGAGAGAAACAAGGCUAGAGCUGAACUGGAGAGGCGAGAGAAGGACCUUCUGAAAGCCCAACAAGAGCAUCAGUCUUUGCUGGAAAAGCUGUCUGCUUUGGAGAAGAAAGUCAUUGUUGGUGGUGUGGACUUGUUGGCCAAAGCUGAGGAGCAAGAGAAGCUUCUUGAGGAGUCCAAUAUGGAGCUGGAGGAGAGGCGGAAGAGAGCUGAGCAACUUCGGAAAGAACUUGAGGAAAAAGAGCAAGAACGCUUGGACAUUGAGGAAAAAUAUACCAGUCUACAAGAGGAGGCACAGGGAAAGACCAAGAAAUUAAAGAAGGUCUGGACCAUGCUGAUGGCUGCAAAGUCAGAGAUGGCUGAUCUUCAGCAGGAGCAUCAGAGGGAAAUUGAAGGCCUCCUGGAGAACAUUCGGCAGCUCAGCCGUGAGCUUCGGCUUCAGAUGCUCAUUAUUGAUAACUUCAUACCUCAGGAUUACCAGGAAAUGAUUGAAAACUAUGUCCAUUGGAAUGAAGACAUAGGAGAAUGGCAGCUAAAAUGUGUGGCCUACACAGGAAACAACAUGAGGAAACAAACUCCAGUGCCUGACAAGAAGGAGAGAGACCCUUUCGAAGUAGACCUUUCCCACGUAUACCUUGCCUAUACAGAGGAGAGUCUGCGUCAGUCUUUGAUGAAGUUAGAAAGGCCACGAACCUCCAAGGGGAAAGCAAGGCCAAAGACUGGGAGAAGAAAGCGCUCUGCAAAGCCCGAGACCGUAAUUGAUUCUUUACUUCAGUAAAUGUUACAGAAUUAAGGUUAUAAUAAAAAAGAGUGAUAUUCUCAUGCCUGGAGAGGAAUCCUUAAUUAAGACACUGAGGACACCUGUGUAAUUCACAUAAUGGAAGCUGUAAAUUAUGGAGUGAGACUGGAAAUGGCAACUUUCCUAUAGACUUUUAGAUUCUUAAGUCUCUGUACCAUGGAAGUACACAUAGCUCAUGAUUGUUGAGGAUGCCACACUGUGCCGCAGUGCUCUGUGAAAGUGAGGUCCCAGUUCUUACAGAGCACUCUGGUUAUAUGCGAAUGUGCAUCUCUUUGCUAUGUGCUCAACUAUUGCGUAUCUAGAUAAGCAGAAUCUCAGAGUAGAAGAAAGUCUGUCUUGUUUGUACACUGCGCAUGGCAGAUCGCCUUGUCCUAUGUCCUGUGUCAACUCCUGGGCUGCCCAUCUAAGUAAGCAGUAACUUGUCCUAACACCCAACAGGUCUGUCUACAUGCAUUCUGACUUUAUACUAACGUUUGUUGCAUUUAGGUAUGAGAUGACUGAUUUUAUGGAUCUCCUAUAGAAAACUGUGUAAUUGGACAGCUUUGCAGGUUUACAUUUCCAAGGUACAGUUUGAACAUGUGCUCCAGCAUCUGGCCACCCUCCACCAGUUCCUGUUACCCUGCAUCCACAUUCAGCCUUUGGUGUUGCUGCUGCUGGUUUGACUUCCCCACCAAAGCCAGCGGUGACCAUUUGGCUUUGCUACACACACAGUUUUAAAAAUUCCUUUGGACAUAUGGCUUACAGACACUCCAUUGUCUGAAUUUUAAGUUUUGAUGGGAAUGACUAUAUACAAAUUGAAACCAAUCUCAUUUGUUCAGAAAAUGAAGCUAAGCCAGAAAAAUACCUUUUAAUUUUCUUUAUAGCAUUUUUAUAUAUAUAAAAAAUACUGUUCUCUGAAUUUCUUCUAUGGAUUAUCCAGUUAGGCCAUAUUCCUCUCCCAAAAAAAAAGUUAUAUUCAAUAUAUAGUAAAAUAAGUUAUAAUAAAAUUUUUUAUAAUAAAUGUUUUUAUUUUUGUGUGUGCCUACUUAUAAAAUUGUUUUGAAGGUUAUGUGCUUCUGAAGCCUAUCCUGCUUUCUAAGUUUGAAAUUGUGCAAUCAACUCCAAGCUCUUGAUUGCAAAGGUUUUUGAGACUUCCCAAGUUAGGAUUCCUUAGGUUCCUGUGAUUUGGACAAGUAGGGUAAAUACUUACUUAUCAUUAUGGAGGUGUGUGUGUAGGCUAUGGCUGGCUGAGUGGAGGUGGAGCCCUGCUGAGGAAUAGAAACUGUGGUCAUACAUUUGUGGAGCCUUCCAGAAGGACUCCUCAGUGUCCUGGAUAUGACCAUGUGCUGAUAUGACCAUGGCACUGUGGUAGUGUCCUCAAGGUAAUGGAUGUGGCCUGGGUGCUGUGACACACUGAGCAGAGUGUGUGUCUUGUAAAGUCUCAUGUGAGCCAAGCAUCUUGGUGGUGUCAGAUUUCUCCUGGUGUAAACUUAACUGUUAGUAAUUACAGAAUCUUAGUUUUACCAGUAAGGAAAAAGAAUCUACAUGCCUUCAUGUCCAUGUUUCUUUCAUUUAACAGUUUUGUUGGCCUGGAAGGAAUAUCUGCUGUGAAUUAAACUAAAACAUUAGAGACAUUGAAUCUAGUGUGGUAAAGCCUAUAACAGUAACAAAAGAACUCCAUAAAAAUUGAAAAUACUGAGAAAAUUCUCUAAGCAUCUUGACUUAAUAAUUUUGUUUGCUUGCUUGCUUGCUUGCUUGCUUGUUGUUUUGAGACUGGA